AUGACCAAGCUGACGUUGGAGACCAUCGGACGCACUGGAUUCAGCUACUCGUUCGACUCUUUCGAACGUGAAGACAGCACCCGUUCGUCAAGGCGAUGUCGACGGCCCUGGGGCGAGAUCCUCGCACGUCGGGCCGAUCAACGUGACGAGGUCCGCAAGGCGUACAUGGCCGAGGUUGUGGACGAGGUGAUCCGUGCCCGGCGGACAAGUACCGAACCGGGGCCCGAAGAUCUUCUCGAACUGAUGCUGCGGGCGGCACGCGAAAACGAUCCCAACCGUAUCGACGAACUGAACAUCCGCCAUCAGGUCGUGACCUUCCUCGUCGCGGGACACGAAACCACCUCCGGCGCGUUGUCGUUCGCGCUGUACUACCUGUCACGAAACCCUGACGUGCUGGCCAAGGCGCAAGCCGAGGUCGACAAGGGUCUGGGAGGGCGAGGAGCCCGCCUUCGAGAAGAUCGCGAAACUUCGAUACGUACGACGCGUCCUCGACGAAUCGCUGCGUCUGUGGCCGACCGCUCCGCCUACAGCCGUGCGGCGCUCGAAGACACCACGCUCGUCGGCAAGUAUCCGAUGAAGAAGGGCGAUUGGAUGCUCGUGCUCAUCCCGUCACUUCAUCGCGAUCCGUGUGGGGCAACGAUCCCGAGGCUUUCGAUCCGGAUCGCUUCCUACCUGCCAACAUCAAGGCCAGGCCGGCGCACGUGUACAAGCCGUUCGGAACAGGUGAACGCGCCUGCAUCGGAAGACAAUUCGCCAUUCACGAAGCGGUCCUCGUGUUGGGCACCAUCUUGCAGAAAUAUACGAUCAAGCCGAUCCGGACUACGAGUUGAAGGUGGCCGAACGGCUCACCUGAUGCCCGAAGGCUUCAACUUGACGGUCCGCCGACGC